UAGGCGUUGCUAAUGUGUGCAUUCAUUUACUCAUCCAUUCAUUAAAUAUUUAUGGAGCGCCUACUGUGUGUCAGGCGUUAUUUAAUGUGCUGAAGACACCGGAGAGAACAUGACAGACAAGAUCUUCUACCCUCGUGGAGUUUACUGAGGAUGAAUUGAAUCUUCUAGUUAUCAUAGUUGAUACCAACCCAAUUUGGUGGGGAAAACAAGCAUUGAAGGAAUCUCAGUUUACUCUGUCAAAAUGCAUAGAUGCUGUUAUGGUGCUGGGGAAUUCCCAUUUAUUCAUGAAUCGUUCCAACAAACUCGCUGUGAUAGCAAGUCACAUUCAAGAAAGUCGAUUCUUGUAUCCUGGAAAGAAUGGCCGACUGGGAGACUUCUUUGGAGACCCUUGCAACCCUUCUUCUGAGUUUAAUCCCUCAGGGAGUAAAGACGGAAAAUACGAGCUGUUAACAGCAGCAAAUGAAAUUAUUGCUGAAGAGAUUAAAGAUCUAAUGACCAAUAGUGACAUAAAAGGUCAAAAUACAGAGACUCUGCUGGCAGGGUCCCUUGCCAAAGCCCUUUGCUACAUUCAUAGAAUGAACAAGGAAGUAAAAGAUAAUCAGGAAAUGAAGUCAAGGAUAUUGGUCAUUAAGGCUGCAGAAGACAGUGCAUUGCAGUAUAUGAACUUCAUGAAUGUAAUUUUUGCAGCACAGAAACAGAAUAUUUUGAUUGAUGCCUGUGUUUUAGACUCUGAUUCAGGACUCCUCCAACAGGCUUGUGACAUCACAGGGGGGCUGUACUUGAAGGUGCCUCAGAUGCCAUCCCUCCUGCAAUAUUUACUGUGGGUUUUCCUUCCUGAUCAUGAUCAGAGAUCUCAGCUAAUCCUGCCGCCCCCAAUUCAUGUAGACUACAGGGCCGCGUGCUUCUGUCAUCGCAGUCUCAUUGAAAUCGGCUAUGUCUGUUCUGUGUGUUUGUCAAUAUUCUGCAAUUUCAGCCCUAUCUGCACUACCUGCGAGACAGCCUUUAAGAUUUCUCUGCCUCCUGUACUGAAGGCCAAGAAAAAGAAACUGAAAGUGUCUGCAUGAUAGUAAAAUGUUGCCAUCUUUUAGAGCUAUUAAUAGAAAUUAUAUGGAGAAAACUUUGUUGGAGAGGCCCUGGAAAAACUACAGAUAUAUAGAACAUUAUUUUUCAUGUAGUUAUUUUCUUACAGGAAAUAUUUCCAAAACAGCUCUCAUCUUGCACUUUUAGGGGACUGAUUUAUUUGAGGGAGUCAGUCAUGCUAUGCAAUAUAUUUUUAAAUCUUUUCCGAUUGGCUUUUGACCAGAAAGGGGGAAGAAAGCACAAAUUUGUGAUUUUUUUUUUUUAAUGGAAUGAUCAUCUGUCAAAGUCAGACUGUUAUAACUGAUCAUAGGCUUUACAGUGUAUUGGCUAAAUCUGGGUCCUUACUGUGAAGUGUAUGAUAGGUGAAAUCUGAGCACAGUUUUGGAAGAAAUGUAGACAUGGUUAUUUAUGGAUUAAUGGCAUCAGUCCAGCUAGAAUAUCUUAUCUGAACCAACAGUUGAUGUCAACAAUAGUUAUGUAAAUAAAACACUUACUGUCUAAAAUUGUUUUAAUCAACUUUAGAUAUUAGCAAAUAUUUAUUUUUUUGCCUACCAAUACAUUUUUGGACAAAGUUAUCCAAAUAAUAAUAGUUUGUCACUGAAUAACUACAAAAUCUGAUUUUCAAAGUACAAGAAGAGUGAGUACAGUAUCCUAGUAGAAAAAUUUUCUUCAGAAACAGUUGUUAAGAGCUUAUUUCUGAAAGCUGAUGUCUUAGUUCUUAGGGAAAAGGUUUUGGGGAAAACAGGCUCUCUUUUAAAGAGAUUGUGUAGUAUCUCCAGAUAGAAUUUUUUCUUUUUUAAUGAAAAAAAAAAUAGCAUUAAUGGAGAACUGUUCUCUAGAAGCUUUGGACUGAAUACAGAAAACUUCUAUAAGGUCAAAAGAAAAAUGAUUUGUAAUUUUCAACAAUAAAAAUUAUUUUCCUAUGUAA